AUGGCAGCUCACUACCGAAUGGAGGCUCAGAACCAAAUGGAAGCUCAGAACCGAAUGGUAGCUCGCAACGGAAUGGAAACUCACAACGGAGUGGCAGCCCACAACGGAGUAGCAGCUCGCAACGCAGUAGACGCUCACAACAGAAUGGUAGAUCACAGCCGAUUGGAAUCUCACAACAGAAUGGUAGAUCACAACAGAAUGGACACGCACAACGGAGUGGCAGCCCACAACGGAGUAGUGCAUCACAUCGGUUUGGUACAUCACAACGGAAUGGUACAUCACAACCGAAUGGAAGCCCACAACGAAGUGGCAGCUCUCAACGAAUUUGCAGCUCUCAACGAAUUUGCAACUCACAACGAAUUUGCAACUCACAACGAAUUUGCAACUCGCAACGAAUUUGCAACUCGCAACGAAUUUGCAACUCGCAACGAAUUUGCAACUCGCAACAUAUUUUCAGCUCACAACGAAUCUGAAGAGUACGAUGAUAUGACAGAGUACGACGAUAUUGCAGCAUACAUCCAAGUCUCAGAGGACGAAAGAGUGACACCGGCGAGCGAAUCUACCGAUGGAAACCCGUCUCCAAGGGAAUCCGUGGCUGAGAAUUACGACGCAUUUAUAGAUAUAAGCGCUCGGCAACUGAACACAGAGGAGUCGCCCAUAGGAGAUAGUACCCAUAGGGAAUCAGCAUCAGCAGGGGCAAUAAACAUGAGCUUCGCAGAUAUGAACGUCACAGAUAUGAACGUCACAGAUAUGAACGUCGCAGAUAUGAACGUCGCAGAGGGGGCACACACCAUAGAGAGCACAUUAAGAAACGCCAAAGCAAUGUACAACGAAUUUUUACGCUUGUGCCUUUUCGUAAAGGAUAACUUGCAUGUUUCCAAAAAUGACGAAGCAUAUAUCAAUACGUUUGGUCAGAACAUUUUCGGUGAAACUGACUAUUCGAGUAACGAGUCAGAAGGCGAUAAGGGAGAAGAUGGCUCAAAAGGAACAUCAGAAGUAGAGGAGCUCAUAAUUCGCAGCACGCAUAAAAUCUUGGAUGAUCGUAAUUGUAGCGGUGUGGUGCGCCAGCCGGGUAACCGAACGAAUGGGCUGAACGGGCGCUGCAAAAGGAACCACAACUUUGCCUUUCAAAGUGAGAGCAAAGAUUUCCCCCCAAAAAUCCACCAAAAUGGCCACCAAAAUGAGCACCAAAAUGAUGACCAAACCGAUCCCAUAAGUGCAUUCCAAAAUGCACUUAGAAGAGCCUUUGAAAAUGAUCUCAACUGGGAACAUAAUAAUACGCUCAAGAGAGAGGACCAGCCAGUUUACGAUAUCGACAACGCGCAAAGCUAUGAAGAAAUGGGGCAAAUAAUAGGGGGCGGCGCGCAGGCGGCGGAAGCCGAAGUAGUGACACAAGUGGGAGAAGUAGGAGUGGCGGAAGAGGAAGGAGCGCCAAAAGGGGAAGAAGUAGUGGAAGUGAGCGAAGUGGUCCAAGUGGUCGAAUUGAACGAAGUGGCCGAGGUGAGCGAAGUGGCCGAUCUGAGCGACGUGGCCGAGGAUGAAGAGGAUGAAGAGCGCCAUGCCACUCGAAGCAGGAGACCUGAACACAGGAGGCAGAAAAAGGAAAUGACACCCCAUGGCAAGAGGAAAACGCGUGCCGAUGAAGACGACGAAGACGAUGGACGCAAAAGGGAACACAUUUCCAAAAAGUUAAAACGCAAGAAUUGCAGCAGCAGCAGCAGAUCAAGCACAGACGAAGAAGCAGCAUGGGAAAGAAAAAAAAAAUAUUACCGAAAGGAAAAAAAUAAAAUGUCCAGAGAAAGCAAGGACGCUGAUCGUAGCGGGUCCCCCAGUUAUGACAGCAGCAGAGAAAAGGGCAAGGGCCGUCAUAACGAAUAUGAUAACCGGCACAGGCGUCACAGAGAAGAUAAGCAGAAAAGAGGCAGCAAGAGAGAUGAGGACGAUGAUAUGCAUAGUUACGGCCAUCGCGAAAGGGGUAAAAGCUCAGAGAAAGCCCAUGUAAAAAAAGACGAGCAGAAAGAUAAAGAUGCUGAAGAAGGGGAAGAAACAAAUAAAACUGAGCCUAAGGAAGAGAAGAAUUUCAACCCCUCGGGAUUACUUGCACUGGAAAAGAACUACAAAAAUGGAGUAGAGCUAAAAUAUAUCGAAAGUAUAGACGCCGAGCUGCCGGAUAAGAAGUGGAGACUGUACGUGUUCCUCAAUGCGAACACGAAAGAUCCUGCGGAAAUACUCCACUUACACCGCAAAUCAUGCUACCUAAUUGGAAAGGACGAUUUGGUGGUGGACAUAAAGCUGGCAAACCCGACCAUAUCGAAGCAACACGCGGUGAUACAAUUUAAGAAGCAUGAAAGCGAAGUGCUGCCCUUUCUCCUCGACCUGAGCAGUACCAAUGGGUCGUAUCUGAACAACGAGCUAAUCGAGCCCAACAAGUUCUACGAAUUGAGACAAACUGACAUACUACGGUUUGGAAGUUCAGCCCGAGAAUAUGUCCUCCUGCACGAUUCGUCUGAUAACCCUUCGCAUGCCUGA